AUGUCAUCCUACCAACCCCAGCAAACCACCACCGCCGACCAAACCGCCAGCGCCAUCGACGCCACAGCCCGUACCGUCCACUACAAGUGCGGCGACUGCGACAUGGACGUGCCUCUCAAGCGCGGCGAGCCCAUCCGGUGCAGGAACUGUGGUCAUCGUGUGCUUUACAAGCAAAGGACUAACCGUAUGGUCCAAUUCGAAGCCCGAUGA